GCGAGAUGCCACGUGCUUCUUUUAGUUGACCUUGGACGGUUCUUGAGUUUCUCUCCUCUGUCAGUGUUGAUCCCUGUUCUCGAUGGACAACAAACGGAGCAAGGCUAUCCGUCAAAAUUAAUAUCUCAUACAUGACAGCUCAUUUCUACGUUGAAGGAUCCCUCUGAGCUAUAUAAUUAUCAAAGCACAGACACUCCAUCCCGUCAUGUUCAAUGCACAAUAAUGCUCCUCUCAUAGCUGAACUGUGUUACUGCAUACUUGCAAACAACAUGUCAUUUGGUUAUGAACUCAUAGCAGAUACCCUUUACCCUUCAUCCAAUUUGUGUUCAUCUUAUAUUCAAUUUUGUAGUUACACUCAUUAAUAUGAACACGAA